AUGCCGAGCGGACCCAAGUCGAAUAAGUUCACGAACCGCCACGCGGCGGAGGCUCGCGAGCGCGAUCAGGAGCGCCAGGCGAAGACGAAGGCGGUGCGUGAGCAGACGAUGGAGGACGCCAAGUGGGUGGAGGAUGAUCCAAGGCAGCUGAAGAGGCUUGCCAAGCAGCAGGAGACGGAGGAGAAGGCGCGGAGGCAGGAGGAGGCGCGGGCGGAGCGGAAGGAGCAACUGGAGCGGGAGGAGCAGGAGUUGGGCCAGAAGGUGCCGCAGAAAGUUUCACGGCGGCAGAUUCAAAAGGACCUGUCAAAGCUGCUCAGCGACUACGACAAGGGAAAGGAGAAUGAGCGCCGGCGGCAACCAGGGGCUCUCGUCGAUAAUGCGGAGGCCUCACUGCCGGAGAGCAAUCCAAACCGGGCGGCGAGGAAGGAGGCUAGGAACAGCAGCGGCGAGAUAAAGGCAACCGGUGGCGUCACGGAGGCGCUCUCAGCGUUGCAGUCUGGCAUGCAGACGGGGGCUGCGUCUGUGACGGAGGAUCGCCACAUCGGCAAACGUGCACGCGUUCUCUACCGGCAGUUCUGCGAGGAGCACCUUCCCACGCUGCGUGAGGAGAAACCCAGGCUGCGCCGCACGCAGUACGAUGAGUUGCUGUGGGAGAUGUGGCAGAAGAGUCCGAUGAACCCCUUCGUGCAGCGCAGUGAGCAGCGGUCGAAGGAGCGUCUUGAGCAGGAGCGCCGGUGGAUGCAGGGGGACGACGAGGAAGAGGGCGAGGACGACGAGGAGGGGAAGAAGGACUGA